CGUCACCAUGAUGGAAUUGUGGCCCCCCAGUGCAAGCACGGCGCAGCACGGCGGUUUCGAGGCACAGAAUGGCAGCGUUCAGUCCUCAGAGCUGCGAUCCACGCUCCAACCUUUGCCCUUGGAUCCAUGGGACGUCGUGCUGUGCGUCUCCGGCACCGUCAUCAGCUGCGAGAACGCGGCGGUGCUGGCGGUGCUGGCGGUGACGCCGACGUUCCACGCGCCCACAUUCCUCCUCGUGGGCAGUUUGGCAGCCGCCGACCUGCUGGUGGGGCUGGGCCUCAUCCUGCGCUUCUCCUCCAUCUAUCUGGUGCCGUCGGAGGCGCUGGGUUUGGGGACGGCAGGGCUGCUGCUCACCGCCUUCACCGCCAGCGUGUGCACCGUGCUGGCCAUCGCCGCCGAGCGCUUCGUGUCGCUGCACCACGCGCUCACCUACAGCUCGGUGCGGGCGGGCGGCCGGACCAGGCUCACCUUGCUGCUCACCUGGGGAGCAUCGCUGUGCUGCGGGCUGCUGCCCGCCCUGCGCUGGAACUGCGUGCGGGAUCCGUCCUCCUGCGGCUCCAUCCGACCGCUCGGCCGGCAUCACCUCGCCGCCCUCUCCAUCUCCUUCCUGGCCGCCUUCGCUGUGCUGCUGCAGCUCUACGCGCAGAUCUGCCGCAUCGCCCGGCGGCAUGCGCAGCACGUGGCGGCGCAGAGGCACCUCGCAGGGCAGGCGGGCGACGGCGCGGCGUGCAGAGGGACGGCCACGCUGGCGCUCACGCUGGGUGCCUUCGCCGCGUGUUGGCUGCCCUUCGCCGCGCUCUGCCUGCGGGGUCACCGCAGCUCUGCCCACCUCCUGCUGCUGCCCGCUGCCGCCGGCUCCAUCCUCAAUCCGCUCGUCUACGCCUUCCGUAACAGCGAGCUCCGCAGGGUCCUGCGGGCGCUGUGCUGUGGGUGCUGCUCUGCCACGAUGAGCUUCCGCUCCCAAACACCCAGCGAGGUGUGAUUGUUCACGAGUGACGUGUGAGCGCCAGCUGGUGACGUCUGGUUGGCACCCGGGGAAGCGGGGUUGGCACCGAGUGACACCUGGUUGUACCCACUGAUGGCUGAUUGUCACCUGGUCACAGCUGGUUGUCACUGGUGAUGUCUGGUUGUCAUCCAGUGAUGUGCUUUUGUCACCUGGUGACGUCUGGUUGUACCCAGUGAGGUGUUAGUGUCACCUGAUGGCAUCUGCUUGUCACCCCGUGAUGUCUCAUUGUCACCUGGUGGUGGGUAGUUGUCACCCACUGAUGUGUUGUUGUCACCCAGUGACAGCUGGUUGUACCCGCUGAUGGCUGAUUGUCACCUGGUGACGUCUGGUUGUCACCCAGUGAGGUGUUACUGUCACCUGAUGGCAUCUGUUUGUCAUCCAGUGAUGUCUCAUUGUCAGCUGGUGGUGGCUGGUUGUCACUGAUGACGCCUAGUUGUCACCCACUGAUGGCUGAUUGUCACCUGGUGACGUCUGGUUGUACCCAGUGAGGUGUUACUGUCACCUGAUGGCAUCUGUUUGUCACCCUGUGAUAUCUGAUUGUCACCUGGUGGUGGGUGGUUGUCCCCUACUGAUGUGUUGUUGUCACCCAGUGACAGCUGGUUGUACCCACUGAUGUCUGAUUGUCACCUGGUCACAUCUGGUUGUCAGCCAGCGAUGCGCUGUUGUCCCUUGGUGACAUCUGGUUGUGCCCAGUGAGGUGUUACUGUCACGUGAUGGCAUCUGUUUGUCACUCAGUGAUGUCUCGUUGUCACCUGGUGGUGGCUGGUUGUACACCUGGUUGUCACCUGGUCACAUCUGGUUGCCAUCUGGUGACAGCUGGUUGUCACCCAGUGAUGUCUGGUUGUCACUGAUGACGCCUGGUUGUCACCCACUGAUGGCUGAUUGUCACCUGGUGACAUCUGGUUGUACCCAGUGAGGUGUUACUGUCACCUGAUGGCACCUGUUUGUAACCCAGUGACGUCUCGUUGUCACCUGGUGGUGGCUGGUUGCCAUCUGGUGACAUCUGGUUGUCACCCAUCACCAGCUGUCAGCCCAUCACAUCUGAUUGUCACCUGCUGACACCUGAUUGUUGCCCAGCAGCAGCUGCCCCCACUGACAUCUGUCUGUCCCCCACUGA